UUCUACCUAUCUUGGUCUUGGAUUUGGAUGAGGCUUCAGAAUGUUAUGCAAUUUGGCUCCUCACCUGGGUAAAAACAAUUCAUAUCCUUCUUCUUUUGAAUAUAUGAGAUUUGAAGGUAUUAAUAAUUGAUAUCUGGUUUAAUCUAGUGUACUUUUAGCCUCGUCGCCGCUCAGCUCAGUCAGAGAUCAAGCUGCACCUGGCUUGUUUUGGUUCAGGUCGACCCAAGACAGGGCUACCGACCGUAUCUUGCGCCGAUAGGGCCGGCGGCAGCAACACCGAGCGGACUUGAGCCUCAUGGACCAGGGUCCGUUUCUCAAUACCUGAACAAUUGAAUUUCUGACAGUAAAAAUCACGAAAUAGGAUCCUGCCCUCGAGGCAGUGUAACAGGACAAAUGGAAAGGCAACCCCUUAUAUCGGGCCAAUCUCACCCAAGAUCAUACAGUGAUAUCGAUGUUGGGCACUCCCUACAGAAUGAUGUAGACCAAUCAGAAGAUGACAGACAAUUCCAUACUCUCAAUACAUCUGUGAGGAGGAGGUUGCCAUGGAAACAAAAGGCUCCUGGGAAGGACAGUGAUGAGAUAGACAGGAUGAACGUACUCUCUACAAAAUAUGAGAGUUUGGAUUAUGAUGAAAUUGAGAAUUUCCUGUACUUGAAAGAAGAGAAAAAGAUCAGUUCUAAGAGUGUCCAUGUUCUUCGUAAGGAGUUAUCACGAUGGUUUGUGAUGCUAUUAACUGGUAUAAUAACUGGUCUUAUCGCUGUGAUCAUUGAUGUCACAAUCAGAAGACUCUCACAACUAAAAUACCAUACUGUCAGAACCUUAUUCAUAAAAGACAACUAUAGUACUGAUAUCAUCAAACCGUUUGGUGUAUGGUUGGCCAUGUGCAUUGCUCUGGUGUUUGUAGCAGUCAUGCUAGUUGCUUAUGUGGAGCCAAUAGCAAUGGGUAGUGGUAUACCACAAAUCAAGUGUUAUCUGAAUGGUGUGAAGAUCCCUCAUGUGGUACGCUUCAAGACGUUGGUCUGUAAGGUCACAGGUGUCAUAUUCGCAGUUGCAGGAGGUCUUACUGUAGGCAAGGAAGGUCCUAUGAUCCAUGCCGGAGCUGUUGUGGCUGCAGGAGUAUCUCAAGGAAGAUCAACAACCUUCAAGAAAGAUUUUAAGCUAUUCCAGUACUUUCGUUCUGAUCAUGAGAAAAGAGACUUUGUGUCUGGGGGAGCUGCGGCAGGUGUAGCAGCUGCCUUUGGAGCACCUGUAGGGGGCGUCCUAUUUAGCUUGGAAGAAGGAGCUAGUUUUUGGAACCAAUCUUUAACAUGGAGAAUAUUCUUUUGUUCAAUGAUGAGCACAUUCAGUCUCAAUAUCAUAAUGAGUGCUGUUAACGGGGAUGCACUGAGUCUCUCCAGCCCAGGUCUCAUCAACUUUGGAGAAUUUACAGUCCCGCAUGACAAGGUAGCUUACCAAGCCUGGGAGAUACCCAUCUUCAUGGUGAUGGGUCUUAUAGGGGGACUUCUAGGGGCACUCUUCAAUGCUAUCAACUAUCGUCUAACCAUCUUCAGAAUGAAGUACCUGUAUUACCCAUGGUCCCAGGUAUUAGAAGCUAUGUUAGUAGCUGCUGUGACUGUAACUGUUUGCUUCUUGGUGAUCUAUAUCAGUUCUGGUUCUGACUGCAGACCUUUAGAUGACACCAUUCAGUUCCCGCUACAGUUGUUCUGUGGGGAUGGAGAAUACAGUGCCUCUAGUACUCUCUUCUUUAACACUCCAGAAGAAUCAGUCAAACUUCUCUUCCAUAAAGAGCCAGGUUCAUAUGAUUUGCCUAUUCUAUCUAUAUUUAUCCUGACGUAUUUCAUCCUUGCCUGCUGGACGUAUGGUUUGAGUGUACCUAGUGGUUUAUUCAUUCCAUCAUUAUUAGUAGGAGCAGCUUGGGGGCGUAUGUGUGGCAUACUUAUCAAUAUGAUGCCAGGAGCGACCAAGUACGUAUCUGCGCCUGGCAUCUAUGCAUUGAUAGGGGCAGCCGCACAGCUUGGUGGUGUUGUGCGUAUGACAAUCAGUUUAACAGUCAUCCUAAUGGAAGCCACCGGUAAUAUCUCCUAUGCCUUGCCUAUCAUGGUGGUUCUAAUGAUAGCUAAGUGGAUCGGUGAUAUCUUCAAUCACGGUCUCUAUGACAUCCACAUCCAGGUCCAAAGCAUUCCAUUGUUACCAUGGGAACCACCUCCAUUGGGAUCAACUAUCCGUGCCACAGAAGUAAUGAGUGACCAUGUCAUUACAUUCAACACAGUAGAGAGGGUCUCUCAUAUCUUUGAAGUUUUGAAAGAUUCCAGUCACAAUCAUAAUGGCUUCCCUGUGGUUGAUCCAGAUGGCGAAACACAUAGGACUUUCAGGGGCCUAAUAUUAAGAAGCCAGCUAAUUGUACUUCUAAAAGAAAAGGCAUUCAGUUCAUGGCCUUCCUGUCAAGAUCCACGAGUGCUUCUCCAGAUUGAAGACUUCCGGGAUGCUUAUCCACGCUUUCCUGACAUCAGAGAUAUCAAUAUCUCCGAGCUUGAAGGAGAUUGUACUGUAGACCUGAGACCAUUCAUGAAUCCAUCUCCUUAUACUGUUCGUAAGGACACAUCUUUGCCAAGGAUAUUCCGUUUAUUCAGAGCUCUGGGCCUAAGGCAUGUCGUUGUCACAGAUGAUUCUAAUAGGGUUGUUGGCAUGGUAACAAGGAAAGAUCUGGCGAAGUAUCGAUACUGGAGCCAUAAAGGCACGUGUGGCAUUGAAGAGCUUCACAUAGCAAGGUGAGAAGAAACAUACUGUCUAGAUCCUGCAGUACAUGUAAGGUGACACCAUGCUGCAGGUCUUGCCAAAGCCAUCAAACUCUCCUGAUGCUGACUAUGUAAUAUUGUCUUCAGUCUUGUUAGUAAAUGUCUGCUGUGAUGACAAGAUGUCUGGGUUAGACUGGUUAUGUACCACUUUAUUUUGUCGUAGUAAAUCUAAAGACUGUGUUUUUUUUCAAGUUUGAAUUCAUCGUCAGGUAAAGGAAAGGGAAUUUCAUAAAUCUCCUGAUAAUGAAGUAUGAGAGAUUUGAUCUGUAAUAUUGUAUAUAAGUAGAAUUUCCAAUGUGUCAAAUUUUGAGAAAUCUGAAACAAUUUUUCCAGAUUUUACAUUACUCCAUUAUGUCUGUAAAUAUGUAUGUACAAUUAUAUGCAGUAUUAUAAUUCUACCCACAUUGUUGAUUAUCCAACAUAUUUUGACUUUUGUCCAACAGCUGCUAUAUGAACUAUGCUGCAUCAUUUUUGAUGAUAUAACAUUUUCUGAUUAAACUUUUUUUUGGGUGCAUUAUUAGAACAUACUGGAUAGUAGUGUACAUCAAUACUUUUAUUUAUCAAAGGUCAAGUCCACCCCCGACAAAAAGUUGAUUUGAAUAAAUAUUGAAAAAAUCAAAUGAGCAUAACACU